AUGGCAUCCAACACGACUGGCGAAAAGGCCCCGUCGGUGAAGGCCUCGUCUGUCAAGGCUGAGUCGGUUGAGGCUCCUUCGGAAAAGGUUCCCUCAAAGAAAGUCCCCUCGGUCAAGGCUCCCUCGAUCGAGGCGGCUUCGGUCAGGUCCUCAUUGAUCAAAGACGACCCAUUCAAGACCGCCUCCAUCGAGUCUGUGGACACCGAGAGCCUAGACGAAGAUGUCAUGGACAGCGGGCGACGCGCUUGGAUGACCAUGAUCGGCGGUUUCCUUACCGGCGCAGUGACCUUUGGCUAUGCGAACAGCUUCGGUGUGUACCAAGACCUGUAUACGCGCUCGAACACCGCGUCCGCGUCCGCCAUCAGCUGGAUUGGCUCCACGCAGCUGUUUUUUCUCUUCGCGAUGGGACUGCCGGCUGGAAAGUUGCUGGAUAUGGGUCACUUCAGAGUGACGACGGCAGUCGGGUCGUUGAUCUACGUCUUUUCAUUGUUCAUGAUCUCCAUAUGCAACACCGACAAGUACUACCAACUCUACCUGGCUCAAGGGCUGGGCAUGGGCAUCGGUGGCGGCCUGCUGUACGUUCCGUGUAUCGCAGUGCAGUCGCAUCACUGGCGUGCUCGGCGGGCGCUUGCCAUGGGAGUGGUGGCCACAGGCGAGUAG